GAAACAGAGGGUGGAGCCAGCGUGCCUGUUUUCUGUAGCUGCUUCAGCUUGGCAGCCGCAGUUGCGAUCGAGACGUUACAAGCUGUGUGAUUUGCGAAUGGAAUAACAGGAUUGUAGUGGACCGUAUAAAAAAACACAAACAGUGUGACCAAAAUAUAAAUAAACUAUCAGCACUCUCAUAUUACGUGCGUAGAAAGAAUUUUUAAAAGAAGCAGCGCAUUACAGGAAUAUCACUUGUGCAAUUUAAGUGGUAUUUACUCACCUUUUCAUCUUUUUCGGAUUAAAACAAUCUUAUACAUUGUUAAUGGAUAGCGAGAAGUACUUGCCGGAGCUGAUGGCGGAGAAGGACUCUCUGGACCCAUCCUUCCUUCACGCUUUGCGUUUGGUCAAUCAAGAGAUUGAGAAACUACAGAAGGAUGAAGAAAAGGAAGAUGAAAAGUUUAUUGAUGUGGUAAUCAACAAGAACAUGAAGCUGGGACAGAAAGUCUUAAUUCCUGUCAAACAGUUCCCCAAAUUCAAUUUUGUUGGGAAACUUCUUGGUCCACGUGGAAAUUCUUUAAAAAGGCUCCAAGAAGACACUCUUACAAAAAUGUCCAUUUUAGGAAAGGGUUCUAUGAGAGAUAAAGAAAAAGAGGAAGAACUCCGAAAAAGCGGUGAAGCUAAAUACCAGCAUCUCAAUGAAGACCUCCAUGUUCUCAUUGAAGUCUUUGCUCCUCCUGCUGAAGCUUAUGCCAGAAUGGGACAUGCUCUGGACGAGAUAAAAAAAUUCCUGAUUCCUGAUUACAAUGAUGAAAUCAGACAAGCACAACUUCAAGAGCUGACAUAUCUAAAUGGAGGGUCUGAGGAAUCGGAAGCACCAGCUGUGAGGGGAAAACCAGUUGCAAGAAGCAGAGGAACUACAGGGCUUGCCAGGGGCCGAGGAGGGGUCCCAUCACCCCAAGCAGGUGUGCCCCGUGGAGCUCCAGCCCCCAGAGGCUCUUUACCUGGUCGAUUACCAGCAACCCGGACACGUGGUAUUCCUGCUCCGAGAGCUCGAGGUGUGCCACCUCCAGUCGGAUUCAGACAUCCCCCACCUCCAGCCCAUGAGACCUAUGGAGAAUAUGAUUACGGUGAUGGCUAUGGAGCAGUCUAUGAUGAUGAAGGGUUUGACUCUUAUGACAACAGUUAUGGUGAUCAGGUAGAAAGUGCCAGUGAUUAUUAUGAUUAUGGGCAUGGCAUCAGUGAAGAUUUGUAUGAUUCUUAUGGCCAGGAAGAAUGGACUAACAAUCGGCACAAGGCUGUUUCAGCAAGGAUAACAAAAGGAGUUUACAGAGAGCAGCCAUACUCCAGAUACUGAACUCUGAGAUUAACUCUCCCGACCAAGUCCCAUAUGCUGUUCAAAGUAAUGGGUUUUUCUAUGAACAAUCCCUCAUUUUUAUUACAAACAUAAACACAAUGUUUUGAACUGCUUAAGAACGAGUCUGAAGUGAUGGAUUGAAUUUAAGUAUGGAGCCACCCAAGCUAUCGAUGAGACAUCUAAUAAAACACACUUUUCAAGGAAUAAAAUGUAUGUUGAAAAAAAUAAACUAACCAUUUAUUAUUAACUAGUUUAAAAGACAAGAAUAGAUUUGCUAGCUGUAGCUUUUUCUUUCUAAAACUGUUACUUUAACUUGUAAUGUAGUAAUCUUUUUUAAUCUUUCAGGAUUGUGAGAAAUAAAUACUUCUUUAAUUUUAAUUAUUUGGGGAAGGGGAGCUGCUUAAAAAGUUGACGGGACUAGUUUUUUUUUUUUGUUUUGUUUCCUUUCCUGUUCCCUUGUAAAUCUAUUUAAACAGGACACACAAAAAAUAUAACCUCAACAAAAAAAUAAUGUUGUAUUCUUUUUUGUAACUGAAAUAUAUAACUGUUCUGUAGUGUUGAGCAAAAAAAGAUCAUUCUUGCUUAAUGCUAAAUAAAACUUUUGAAAAAAUAAAA